CUAUGGCCCUGAAAAACACACACACCACAAUCCAAUGUUCCAUGUUUAUUGUUCAAACUAGAUUUGCUUUAUCCAUUUGCAAAAAACAACAUCAUCACCAUCACAUGACACAAUAUUACAACACCCUUGGAUAUGCCUAGCAUGGCUUCCUCUCUUCUGCUUCCACUUUAUUCUACUUGUGGUAAAAUUCCUUCUCUUACUGCUGCUCCACAAGGCAUUUCUGUUAGAAGAUUUGUUCUUAAAGUGAAGUCCUCAGAGACAAGAGAAUCCACUUCUAAUGCUAAUGAUAAUGCCAUGUUUAGUACCAAUUCACGUAGAGAGUUUUUUGGAUUAGCAUUAGGAGGAGUCUCUACACUUUUUAUCCAUUCAUUUGAUGCUGCUAAUGGAGCUGGUUUACCAACAGAGGAAAAACCUAAACUAUGUGACAGUACUUGUGAGAAAGAGCUUGAAAAUGUACCUAUGGUAACUACUGAAUCAGGUUUGCAAUACAAGGAUAUUAAGGUUGGGCAAGGCCCUAGUCCACCAGUUGGAUUUCAGGUGGCUGCUAAUUACGUUGCAAUGGUUCCAUCUGGACAAGUAUUUGAUAGUUCAUUGGAGAAAGGCCAGCUUUACAUUUUUCGAGUUGGAUCUGGUCAGGUGAUAAAAGGACUCGAUGAAGGUCUUUUAAGCAUGAAAGUAGGCGGGAAACGCCGACUGUACAUACCUGGAUCAUUGGCAUUUCCAAAAGGGCUUAAUUCUGCUCCAGGAAGACCAAGGGUGGCUCCAAGCAGUCCAGUUAUAUUUGAUGUAAGUUUGGAAUAUGUACCCGGCCUCGAAGUGGAAGAGGAAUAAGAUUAGGUUAUCCGUUGCUCCUUGAUUGUACGCGGUCAACUCGAAAUCAAUUAAUCACACCAUCACUUCACUAUCUUAUACAAUUGUUAAUUUUUUGAGGAAUGAGCUUAAAACUUAUGGCUGUGUAGAGUAUAUUGUUUGAAGUUUACCAUAUCAAGUAUAUUGAACAUGAAUUUUCUUUGCAUAUAA